GCAUCCCAACACAACGACCUGUGGAAGCAGGAAUAUACAUAAAAGGUAAGGGUUCGCAUUCCAGAAGAUAAGCCAGACUCCUCCAUCAUCGAGUGCAUUUUCCAUUCUGCACUCUCAGAGCUUUUCGGCCUCUGACUUCCAGCGUGCCCAUCAUCGUUUGCUAGACCCCCUCAAGAUUCAACAAAUUACCCCACCAUCAUGCCCAUUAUCAGCAGGUUAGUCAAAGGCGUCGGCGCAGGCAUUGGCCUAGCGUCUGAAGCGAUCGCCGACCACAAAGGAAAGAAAACCGCCUCAUCACAACCAUCUCAUGUCGAAGCCGGCGAGAGUUCUGGGUCUACGACUCUCGCACCUGGCUACCCAGAAGACAGCAAACAGCGACGUCGUUCCUUUGACAAACGUGCAUCCGACAAAGGUACCGCGGACGACGACGACUCAGAAGGCUAUGACAGUGAAGACCUCGAUGCCGAUCAAGAGGAGUGGGCCCUCGACGCGGCUGCCACCGAACUCGAAGCACCACCACCGUCCUACGAGGAGGCGUCGGCGUCGGCGUCGGCCACUCCAGCCUCAGCAGACGAAGUCGCGACAUCCUUUCUUCAAUCGCACAAACUCGCGCCCACACCGUCGCAAAAGUUCCAACCUCUGCCAUAUCCCGUCAUCCUUCCGCAACGCCGGCCCAAGGACAAAUCUCGAGGCUUCGUGCGCGGGUACGCUCCCAUCCUGGGCGAAUGUUCCGGCAUUGACCAACAAACCUUCCUCGACUUCCUGAAAGACUUCGACAAGGCAUCCCGAGCCAGCCCAGUCCUCGAUGUCAUCAACAUAGCCGCCAUGGCCGUGGGUUUCAUACCCAACCCAAUCGUCAUGGGCGUCACAAUCGGCGUGCAAGUCGCCGUCGGCACGGCCAAGGAAGUGCAAUCCCGAUACCGUCGCAACACAUAUCUCGACCAGGUCAACGAGGUCCUCUUCAAACCCCGCGGCCUCUACUGCAUGAUCAUGACCUACAAGCCGGACAACCCGUACGACGCCAUCAUGCACGUCGACGUGAACACGAACACGCGAUCACAAGAUCAGGCCCUCGCGAAGGCCCUCUCCAACCCCGACAACGAGCUCCGGCAGAAACUGAAGAACCUACGCCUCACAUCCGGCACGACCCAAGGCGAAAUGUCUCUCCCCGAAGCCGCGCCUCUCAUCUAUCCAGCCCUCGACGCCGCCGCAGUCUCAACGGCCGAGACCGGUUCCGCCUUACCCGCGCAGAAACAAAACGCACUCAAGCAAUCCGGCAAGUUCCUCGCAGACUACUUCGACCGACGCGCCCAGGCAACCUACAUAGGGACCAACCCCUCAAGCCGUCUGGCACCGCCGCCUCCAGAAAAGAAGUUCGCGUCACGCUUUGCCGACCCCAACCAUCCCGUCAACUCCGGCUCAAUCACCGCGCUGCUCACGGGCGGCCACAUCGAUCUGAUGAAGAGGAAGCGCACACGAAGGGCGCGGCGUCGUGCAGCCUGGCAGGGCGCCCAGCUAAGUGAGCAGGAUAUCAAGAAUGCGGAAAUGGGUCGUGGACCGCGCCGGAGGCAAGGCAUCAUCGGUCGGAUCUUGCACCAGGACGUGCUUUACCUCACCAUUGUCAAUCUGCCGAGCGAGAGCGAAAUGAAAGAAAUCAUGCAGCAGUUGGACAUGGCCAAGGAGCAGUCGCGUCCUCAGGCGAAUUAUCGGUAGCUACUCCGUAGGUGUCCGUACUACCUACGUUUAUGCCUUCGGGGGAUUCCAUUUGUCAGUGACCCCGGUCAGUACCCCGGGUCAGUAAUGUGAAGCGGAUUUUAUUUGUGCCUAGUACCUAGGGUAUGUCUGUACACUUUUGUAGUACGAUGGGACUCUCAU